AUGAUAUCUAAUAUUAAAGUUUUGAGUCUAUGGUGUGCAUUAUUCAAGUUUAAAAGGUGCAGAUUUCUAAUGCAUUUUCAUGUCGCAAUUCUAUAAUUUUUGAGUUGUUUCCGAGUCGAUUGUUAAUAAUGCAUACCAAUUAUACGAAGAUGUAGUAUUCAAGUUAAUCAAUAAGAAUAUUAUAAAUUUGUCGACAUUUUUAUGUAAUAUUAUUAUUAAAGUUUAUAGGAUGUGUGACUCGGAUAGCGAUGUUGAGAUACUGGAUUUUGAACAAGGGCUUUAACUUUAAUAGAACACAAUUGAAAAUUUAGAGAAGGAACUUCAAGUAGAGGAUUUAAUUAUUUAAGAUUGUGAUCACAAAUAGCUCAUAUUACUAAUAAUAAAUAUAAGAGUUAUUAUCCGAAAAGAAUUCACUUAAAAUAAGAGUAAAGGAAUUAGAGGAAUAGAACUUAUAGCUAGAAAAUAAUCUUUAAAAAUAAAAUUAGACUCAUCAGAGAACUAUUGAGGAACUAAGCUUUGAGUCAUAAAAGAAUGAGGAGAAACUCAGAAAACAUCUAGAAAGUCUUAUGGAAUAACAGAAAUAAGAGUUCGAACGAAUUUUGGAGAAAUAGAGUGAACAGAUUAAUGAUUAUGUCAAAAAAUUGGAGAACUAGGAGGAAGAGAAUAAUAUUAUAUAGAAUAAGUUAAUAGCUACUGAAUUGUUUAAUUGCAAACUAUAAUCAAGUUUGAGCGAACUGCAAAUGGAUAUUAAAACUAAAGCUGAAACUAGAAAAUGUGUUUAAUAGUUUAAUGAAAAAUUAAUGGGUGAAAAUAUUAACAAUCUAAAUAAAAUAGAAUCCCUUAGUAUGUAAGUUGAUGGACUUGAAGAAAAACUCUAAAAAUUGACCUAAUAACGAGAUCAUUUUAAGAAAUAGUUUGUGGAUAUCUCAUAGAAAAUUCUAUAGUAUCAAUAAGAGAUAUCCUAAUCCACCAAUAGUAUGAAUCUCUAUUCAAUAUUAUCUAGUAAAGUUGGAUUUGAAGAAUAAAUAUGAAAUCUGUUCAGAACAAAUGAAGAAAUUUUAAUAAUUACUACGGGAGAGCGUCGAUGAGAACAAAAAGUUAAAGUAAAUCAUAGGGCAGUUCCAAUCAUAAAUUGAGGACUCUAAAUAUAAAUCAGAUUUAUACAUCAAAGAAAAUUCUACUCUAAAAAAUUAAUUAAGUAUUACAAAUAUAAAUUAGACACCUUACAAUAAUAUUACAAAGAGCAAAUUAGUCAAUUGUAGCAAGUCUUAGCUAGUAGGGAUGCAUAGAUUCAGCAGUUGAGUGAACCUAAUAAAUUAACAAUUAAAAAAUUAUAAAAACAAAACUAAUCUAUAUUAACGAUAUAAUAAUAAGAAUAGGAGAAAAGAUAACUAAUAGAAUAGAAAAUAAAAUCUUAACAAUGA